AUAGACCUUCGAAGCUCAUGCAGGAGCUUGCGAAUGCUUCAAGUUCUAGAGUCUAGCUAGCUAGGGAGGAUCUGGGCGGCAUUGAAAAAGAUGGCACAGACGGCCUCAUCCUACUGCGGCCACCACACCCCCACAGCUUUGCAAUGUAGCAACGAAAGGCGACAUAGCAGCUUGCAGUGCGGCAGCCACCUCGGUCCUUUUCUCUCUCCCUUACGGUCGUGCCAUCGCCUGCGGUACAAUUUUGCCCGGCCUAGCCAGCAUCUCAAACUGCAAACACGAAGUGACGUUUCUGUUCGGGCGGCUGUAGACCAGGAGCCAAAGACCGAAAAGGAGCAGAAGGAAAAAGCAGAGGGUCCAGGGGCGUCUGGUCAGCAGGACCCAGAGGAGGUUACGAAAAAGUAUGGCUUGGAAGCUGGGCUUUGGCAGAUAUUCAAAAGCAAGGAUGGGGAGACCAGCGAAAGUAAGGGCAAGAGCCGGGGGCAGCAAGCAAAGGAUCUUUUAGCAAAAUAUGGCGUUGCGUACAUUGGGACCAGUGUGGCACUGUCCCUGAUCUCCAUAACAGUGUGCUAUCUGCUGAUCAAUUCAGGGGUUGACGUGCCUGCGUUGUUGGAGAAGGUGGGCAUUCACACUAACGAGCAAGGGGAAAAGGUUGGGACCUUUGCCCUAGCAUAUGCAGCUCACAAGGCUUUGUCGCCCGUUCGUUUCCCACCUACCGUUGCCUUGACCCCAGUAGUUGCAAACUUCUUUGGCAAGAAAGCAGAUGAGAGUGGCGGGGAGAAGUAGGAUGGUUUAGGACGGCGUUGUAUUUUAUGUUUUGUGUACAGAAUUGGAGUCGGCAAGUUAGGUUGGUGACAGAGUGCUAUGAUAUCUGAAGUGGUCAAGAGCGAGUUUUAAACUCGGUGAGUGGACACCAAGUGGUCUUAAUUGCCAUAGAAGCUGCUGCGGCUCCUGGUAUCAUUCAUCAACAGGGUUAAAUACGGCUUAUUUGUUGCCCCAUGUUGCGCGAAAUAGUAUUUUUGUUUCGGAGAAGAU